AUGGCGAGCAACGCUGAUGACACGGUGAUCGCCGAGUCGACCGUCAAGUUUGACGAGGAGAAGGACAGUGGCGCGGGCUCCGUUGGCACAAAGCGCGUCUUUGUCAAGCGCCACGACAAUGCAUCGGUCGAAGCGCUGCAGUUGAUGACGUUCGCCGCCGACUCGUCCGCCUUUCCAAUCCUCGUUGGCACCCUUUCGUCGCCCCCCGGUAUUGUCUGCGAGUACAUGGACCUCGGUGAUCUCGGCAGCUAUCUGCACGCGCUGCAGCACCCGUCGUCGCUUCUCUGGCCGGCUCAAGCCCACAUUGCAUGGAGCGUGGCGACGGCGGUGUCGUAUCUCCAUGACUACGGCCUUGCGCACCAACGACUGCGCCCCGAGCACAUCCUUCUCAGCGCCAACUUUGACGUCAAGCUCUGUGGUCUCAGUGCCAUCGUCGCCGAGGACAAUGACGGCGACGAGGACGUACGCGGCCUCGGGCGUGUGCUCGACGCCAUGCGGACGCGCGCGGCUGAGUUGGCAGCAACCAACCGAUUUUUCAACGUUCCGCCGACACCGACGUGGCUACUGGAGCUGGCAGCUGCAUGCGUCGACGGCAGCAUGUCCAUCGUGGACGUCGUCGACGUUUUAGAACGCAACGGCGCCAACGAGGGCGUCGUGUACGAGAACCAGCACCACCAACGGACCUUGACGAUCACCAAGAGCUCUGGCGCAUUUUCACCAGCGCCGACGAUGACUGCACGUGUCUCGAGCGCCCCGUUCACGCCGCAGUCGUCGUUUCUGGCGCCGUCAGCAGUGCUGGACGACCUCCAGUCGCGCUACCGUGUUGCGACCCUCGACGCUGGGUUGCUCACUUGCGGCAUGGACGUCGAAGGCACCGACGGCGAUGUCGUGCUUCGGCGUGGAGCCUACGACGGCCAGCCCGUCGCUGUCCACAUGGCGCGUCAGCUAGGAGCGAUCGGACACGGCGACUUCUUGGAUCACGUAGCACGACUUCUAGCGGUGCAGCGCGACAAGUACAUGCCGCGCGUGCUCGGUGUCUGCCACGUGCCCCAGACGUCGCUGCUCGGAUGCGAGCCGCCGCCGCCGGUGCCAUGUCUCGUCGUCGAUCGGCGAGGUCUCCGCAGCCUGCGUGACGUCCUCGCCGAGUGCCUGCCGUACGCCGGGCCGUUCUACUGGCGCCUCAAGCUCUGGUGUGCCCACAACAUCGUCGCGUGUCUUGAGCAUCUCCAUAGCCUCCGUGUCUGCCACAUGAACUUGACCUCGCACAACGUCUUGCUCGACAGCAAGUUUCGGCCGCGCCUCAGCAACGUCGGCGUUGCGCUCACCACGCGCCUUCGCGAGUGCGCGACGCUCGGCACAGGCGCGUCGCGGUGGCACCCCCCCGAGGUCUUUCUCACGAACGCGCAACCGACGCCAGCCAUGGACGUCUUCGCCUUCGGAACCCUUCUGUAUGAGCUCGAGACGCACAAGCAGCCGCACGAUGCAAUCGUGACGGACCUCGCACUCGCGACCGCCAUCUCCAGCGGUACGAAUGUUCACGUCAGCGCCGACUGCCCGAGCGGUCUCGCCCAGCUCGCAGCCGACUGCAUGCGCCACGACCCGACGGAACGCCCGUCGACAGCUUCCAUUGUGCGUCGGCUGUACGACCUGCUCCACCCAAGCAGCACGCUCGAUAUGACUGGCCCGGCGUCCCUCAUGGCUAUCGACCCGGUGUCGCUGCAGUUUGAGACCAUUGUCGAGAUCGACGACUGCAUGGAGACGUUCCGUGGUCGCCUGUCGUCCGAGCACGUCUGGAUCAAACGUCCAAAGACAGAGUCCACCGGUAACGACCGCGUCGACACGCGAGCUAGCUUCUUCGACGAAGUGAGUCUUUUGCUCCGGCUUCAAAGCGUGCAGUCACCACACAUUGUCAAGCUCCUCGGCGUGUCCAACAUGGCGUCGUUGGCACCGACGAUGGUCAUCGAGCACCCUCGGCUUGGGAGCCUGCGCGAGUUCAUCCUCGGGCACACGCUGUCGAGCCUCGACGAUCUGCACCGGCGCGGCUGGAUCCACGGCGACAUGUGCUCGGAGAGUGUCUCCUUGGGCGAUCACCGCCAGCCCAAGCUCGAGCGACUCGGCGCUGCCCGGCACCUGUACGCCGCCCCCGAAGUUCUAUCGGCAAACGCGUACUCCAAGGCCUCCGACGUCUACGCCUUCGGAUCGCUCAUGUGCGAGGUUGACACAGCCACGUCACCGCUCGAGGCAGACACGACGGGCACAUCCAUUUCCCCGGUGCUCGACCGUGUGAAGCGAGGCACCUUGACCCCGCGACCGUCCCCCGGGUGCCCUCCGGAGUACCGCCGUCUCGCCAACGCCUGCAUGACGUUCAAUGAAGCCCGAGAAGAUUUGCCCGUGGCCGACAACGACCACUUGGUUGCGUCCUGCGACAUGCUUGGCACCGGCAGCUACGCCGUCGUCGUGCGCUGCACUUUCAAGGAAGAGCCGUGUGCGCUCAAGCAGCUGCUGCCACGUAUCGCGCGCGACCGCCGCCACCGCGCCAAGUUUUUGCGUGAAAUGCGACUGCUCGCGAGCGUCUCGUUCCGGGGCACGCGGCACGCGCCGGAGCCGAGCUUUGUCAUGGAGCUCGUGGCGCCGGGCGAGAACCUGCGGCUUUGGUUGCAGCGCCGCCCGCCGCCGUCGUGGCGCGCGCGGUGCCGCAUUGCGCUCAGUCUCAUCGAGGCCAUCGCGUACCUGCACACGCAGCAACAUGUGGUGCACCUCGACAUCAAGUCCCUCAACAUCAUGGUGCUUGAGGACGAUCGCGUCAAGCUGGUUGACUUUGGCGAGGCGCAAGCGCUUGCAGAGGCCACGCCCGAGACCGUCAUGGGCGCCGGCACCAUCCAGUGGAUGGCACCAGAGCUGCACUUUAGCCGCGGCGACAUUGGCGCGUUGACCAAGGCCGACAUUUACUCGUUUGGCGUCGUGCUCUCGGAGCUCGACGCGCUUCAACUGCCGUUCAGCGACCGCCCAUUUGCGAGCGCUUACGCGAUCUGGAACGCCGUGGCUCAAGACGACGCUCGCCCCCACAUGAGUGCGUCGAGCCCGACGUGGUUCCGCGCGCUCGCCGAGCGCUGCAUGGACAGAGACCCGGGGUGCCGCCCCGACGCAGUGACGAUUCGAGCCGCUCUCAGCAUGCGGGUCCAUACUCUCGACGACAACUCGUCUACGCUUUAG